AUGGCUGCUGUCAAAAUACGGCACCCCAACAUUAUUCUGAAUAUUGUAGGGAUAUACAGACCCCCAACAAAUGAUAAUGUGAUGAACUUUGAUUUGGCAUUAGACACAUUACAGAAUGUCUUAUUAGACUCAACUCAAACUAAAACGGUAAUCUGUGGUGAUUUUAAUAUUGAUGCACUAUCUGAUAAUGAUAGAGCUAAAUCUUUUAAUGAAUUAAUAGAAGCAAGUAAUUUUAAACUGAUGUUUAGGGAACCAACUAGGGUAACCCAAACUACAAAGACAUGUAUUGAUAAUAUACUUAUAAAUUUUAGUGAAAAAAUUUCUGAUCAUAUGACGAUAGAAAAUUAUGAUCCACACAUAUCUGAUCAUAACGUACAGAUUCUAAAAUUUCAAUAUGCAAAUGAAAAGAAUCAAAAGAAAGUCCAAAUUGAAACAAGAAAAAUUAACGAUAGUACUAUAGAGCUUCUAAAUGUGGAAUUAUCAAAGGAAACAUGGGAAACUGUCUUUCAGAGUGGGGAUACUGAUAUUGCCUAUAAUGAGUUUAUAAGUAUUUUUGAAUAUCAUUUUAACAGGCUCCGCCCAAAAAUCUCCAAAGAAGUAAAAAAAUUUAAUGAAAAACCUAAAUUUGUAUCUAAAGAGACCUAUGAAUAUAAAAAUACUUUGGAUACCAUUAAUCUUGCAAUCAAAAAUAAUAUUGGGGAUACCUCUGCUCUAAAUGAAAUACGGAAGGAGGUAAGAAAAAAAUACAGAAAGCAGGUCAAUAAAGAUGCUAAACAAUCAAAUAGCCAAAGAAUCAACAAUUCUAACAAUGUAACCAAGGAGACUUGGAAAAUAAUAAAUGAAUUAAAAAAAACUGAUAAAGGUUACAAGAAUAUAAAUGUCACACUGAACAUUAAUGAUCAAAAGAUAGAUGACCCUAAGAGUGUUGCUAAUGCCUUUAAUGAUCACUAUUUAAAUGUACCUAUUGAAAUAUGUAACAGUCUUGAUAAAGAACAGUUUGAUCUUGAUAGUAUUGGUAGUUUCCAUAAGUCAAUCUUUCUGAAACCAACUAGUGACCAGGAAGUCGAAAAAAUAGUUAGAAGUCUGAAAAGCUCAAGUUCUGCUGGUAAUGAUGAGGUAUCUAACAUAAUUAUUAAAAACUGCAUAGGAAAUAUCUUGGCUCCACUUGUACAUAUUUGCAACAUAGCUAUGAGAACUGGGAAAUUCCCUUCUAAAACUAAAGACUGUAUUGUCAAAACUAUACAUAAAAGUGGUGCUACUGAUAAACCAGGUAACUAUAGGCCUCUAACAAUCACAUCUUCUUUUUCAAAAGUAUUUGAAAAAAUACUUCUGGAUAGGAUUGAACCCUUCCUCAGAACAAAUAACUUAAUAAAUGAAUAUCAAUUUGGCUAUAAAAAAGGAAAAUCUACAAUUGAUGCUGUUACUUAUGCAGUGGAUAUUAUAUCUAAGGCAAAAUCAGAUAAAGAAGUAACUAUAGCAAUUUUCCUGGACCUAAGCAAAGCCUUUGAUUGUGUCAGACAUGACUUAUUAUUUGAGAUACUCUACAGGAAUGGCCUGAGAGGAAAUGCAUAUGAAAUUAUGAAGAGCUUUCUCAUUGAUAGGAAACAAUGCGUUGAGGUACAACACUUUGAUAUAGACUCAAAAGUAAAGAGAGUAAAAUCUGAUUGGAAAACAGUGUUAUAG